AUGCAUUUCCCAUCCAUUAUCCCCGCCGCCACGGCCGCCCUCUUCCUGGCCACCGCGGUGUCCGCGCAGUGCGGCGAGGGCGUGCAGAAGGUGUGCUACGGCGUCAACGGCGGUUCGUCGCAGGGUCUGAACCUGGAUGACCUCCAGUACGUGGCCGACUACCUGCGCUACAUUGGAGAGAGCCAACCCGGAGCCCUCUUCACCAUGCCCGGCGGCUUCGUCUGCCAGGAGUGGGGCAUCGAUGUUCCCGGCGCCGGCACGGUGCUGCCGUUGGCCAAGCAGACGGGUCCCCGCGUCACCCCAUCGGUCCUGUACGCCGACAUUGCCGACACCAUCGACGGCGGGCUAGAUGCUACCCCCGCCCAGCGAGCGGCCUCCCUCGUCGGCUGCGCUGCAAGCGGCGGCCAGGUCGGCAUCAAGACUGACCCGAAGAACCCGUUCUACAAUACCCCUGAGUACAUUGCCAGCGGCGCCAAGCCUACGGGUCUCGUUAUCAAGGUCGUGCGGGCGCCGGGAUCUAAGAAGCUCUGA